AUGUCAUCCUCCUCCUCAUUUGCAUUACAAGUUCUUGAGGACCGCGAAGUCUCACUACGGUCAAAGGUGCUCGGGUCUUCGAUAUUACCAUCUUCUUCUGCUCUUGUUGAUCGUCUUUGCACGCUUCAUGUGCAAUUAAAUCAACUUACCACAGCUGUAUCUGGAUCGACAAAGCUGUUUCAACUCUACCAAGAAAACUCGAGUCAGUUACAGCUUGCGUCUGCUAACGCAUUUGUCCUAAGUAGCUCCCAAGCUGGUGACGAGCUCAAGCGUGCGGCCAUUUUAAGCUCCACGGACCGUCUACAGCAAGUUGCAGCCCAAUUGCAGCAACUUCACCAAUUGACGAGUGUUUUGGACCAACUUCGAACCCCUGACGUCCAGCAGCAGACACAAUUGACGCGGCUGGAGACGACAAAUGAGUUACUGAGUGAAAGGGCUUUAGCCUUUCAUUCAAGGGUGGAGAACAUGCUGGCUUCGUAUCAGCGCAUGAUGCUCGUGCUGUCCGAGAAGUGUGUUGAGUACAGUGCACUACUGGAUCAUUUUGAGAUGUAG